AUGAAUAUUCGUAUAGCUGUUAAAUUUGCAAUUGGCAUCAGUAUCAGUGUGAUAACAGUAUCACUGAUAGUAGUUGGUGUGAUUUUCAAUGAUAUAAAUAAUUUAUACGAUGAUAUUAUCGGCGAAAUGAAAGAAUUUAAUGUAAUUAUGAUGCUUUAUGGCUCUAAUGGGCCAAAGAACUGUCCAAAAGGUCCACCAGGUCCAAUGGGGGAUAAAGGAGAAAAUGGUUUAGAUGGAGAGCCUGGAAAUGAUGGUUCUCAGGGAGUAGCCGGUGUAGCGCUUCUUGCCAUGUAUAAUAUUCCGGAUGGCUGUAUCAUUUGUCCUCCUGGAUCUCCUGGAUUGCCAGGACCCAAUGGACUCAUGGGCGAUCAAGGACCAAACGGACAGAACGGACCGGUGGGAAAACCAGGAAAGUCCGGACCGAGAGGAGCACGUGGACCACCCGGUAAUAUAGGAGAACCAGGAAUUAAUGGACCUCCAGGUAAACCUGGAAUGAAUGGAUGUGAUGGGAAAAAGAGCAUCAGGAUAGCAGGCGCAAAAGGACAAAUUGGUAAACCUGGUCCAAUUGGACAGCCAGGAAUAAAAGGGAAACGUGGAAUGGAUGGUGUACCUGGAGAACCAGGUGAAACUGGUCGACCUGGUAAUGAUGGUAAACCUGGGAAAAAUGGACGUUCAGGACAGGUAGGUGCACCAGGUAUUCCAGGACCAGAUGUAUACUAUUGCUCUUGUCCAAAAGUUCCAUACAAAAUAAAUCGAAAAUAA